AUGUCUUUGCUGUUGUUCCUUUCCUUUGCCUCGGUGGUUAUCGAUGCAGGUGCACCUUUUGUAGCCUUUCCGAUAAGCUCGCAAGUACCGCCGGUUGCUCGGGCUACUAAACCUUUCGAGUUCGUUUUCUCAUCAUCGACAUUCCUAUCAGAUGCGCAACCUCUACAGUUCACACUGAGUGGUGGCCCUGAAUGGCUGCAACUCGACAGUGGUAGUCGAAAGCUCUAUGGCGUCCCACCAAAGAAGGAUUCCGGUUCUUUCAAAGUGAGGAUAAAGGCUCGGGACGCCUCGGGGCAAUCCGUAGAUCAUGAAGCUGCCUUUAUUGUAUCCACAGAGCCUGGGCUAAAGGUAGUGAGAACUAUUGAUUCACAGCUCGGGAAUUUUGGGCCAACGGAUGGCAAACGGGGACUAGUAUUCGCUCCUGGGCAAAGAUACGGUUUCUCCUUUGCACCUGAUACCUUUUCUCCACUCGAUAAAAUCCAACGCUAUGAAGCGGUUUCUUCGGAAAAUACACCUCUGCCUUCAUGGAUAAACUUUGAUCAAGGGACGAUGAGGUUUUCCGGGACCACGCCUGAUAUCACUUCUUUGAUAGCUCCCCCACAAACAUUCAAUAUCACACUUGUGGCGUCUGACUAUCCUGGGUUUACGGGGGCAUCCGUGAAUUUCGGGAUGGUGAUAGGGGCGCAUGCUCUUCGUUUCAAGGACACCUAUCUGGAGGUGAGUGCAGCUACGGGAAGUGCGUUCAAUUACGAGAUCCCACUUGGCUCAGUUCUACUUGAUGGCACGCCAAUUUCGCUAGAGAACCUAACGGGAGUAUCCACAAAUGCUCCUGACUGGCUAUCGUUCAAUAAAAACAAUCGCGUGCUCAGUGGUACACCUCCACCAGGGACUAAAUCUACGACUGUUGUUAUAUCCGCCAAAGACGCUUUCGGAGGGCAUGCGGAAAUGGCUAUCAGUAUUAAAGUGAAAUCGGGAGUCUUCACUCUUGAUUUCCCAGACUUCAACGUAACUAGAGGCAGGGCCUUUGAGCAUACAUUCAACAAGACACGGAUUACUGCUGUUGGUGUUCGACUGUCUGCGGUUUACGAACCGGCGGCGGACUGGAUUUCUUUCGAUCCCGAGGAAUUUAAAUUUAGCGGCCGCGCUCCUGAGGACCUGCGAUCGGUGAAGAUCAGGCUUUCAGCAAGGACUUCGUCUGGAGAUUUGGUAGAUUCACAGAGUAUAGAGAUGCUGGCGAUUGAGGAUGGCGUGGUUUCAGUAUCUGCUACAUCGACCACAUCCUCCACUAAGACCUCACAUACGCCAACGCCAGCCCCUAAGGACACUCUAGGAAAAAAGACCACGAAUGCCGAGUCGGUCGAAAGCAGCCGCAAAAGGAUUCUAACCAUCGUUCUGGCCACAGUACUGCCACUUUUGGUGAUUGUUAGCAUCUUGAUAAUUUGGUGUUGCAUUGUGCACAGG